AUGCUGAAAACACAGAUUCUCCUACCACUCUUGGGGUGGCUUGCCUGCCUAGUGCAAGCCAAGCUCGCCCUCCUCGAAGACUACAGCGGAAAACAAUUCUUUCAAAAGAUGCAGUUCUUCAGCGACCCGGACCCAACCCAGGGUCACGUCAAGUACCUCAACAUGGCCACCGCCAACAGCACCAGUUUAGCCGGCCUCAUCGAGGACGACGGACCCAACGACACUGUCUUCCUGGGAACGGACUAUAUAUCCGUCACUCCCGAAGGCCGCCCGUCCGUCCGCGUGCAGUCCAAGCAGACGUACAACUCCGGUCUGUUCAUCGCGGACAUCUCACACAUGCCCGGUGGCGUCUGCGGCGCGUGGCCGGCGUUCUGGCUGCUCGGAACCGCCGCCCCCUGGCCGCAAGCCGGCGAGGUGGACAUCAUCGAAGGCAUCAACGUGCAGACCGAGAACCUUAUGGCCCUGCACGUCUCCGGCUCUUUUAUCGUCGACAACACCUCCUCGCUGAUGAGCGGCGCCCUGCAAAGCACCGAUGGAGACGUGGCGUCCCCCGUCCAGCCGCAUAACAAAGGUGCUCUCGUGCAGGCCAUGACGAACAACACCUUUGGCGCCGGCUUCAACGCCAACCGUGGAGGCGUCUACGCCACGGAGGUGACGCCAGACAGCAAGCGUAUCUCCAUCUGGUUCUUCCCACGCGGCAGCAUCCCCGUCGACAUCACGGCCGGCCAGCCCGAGCCCACCUCUUGGGGCAGGCCACUCGCCAACUUCGCGGGCGAUGACCUGGACUUCCAUUCCAAAUUCAAGAGCCUGAAGAUCAUCAUCAACUUGACCUUUUGCGGCGAGUGGGCCAGCAAGCGCGCGGUCUGGGAUGCGUCGUCCUGCGCGCGGCUGGCGUCGACGUGUGAAGACUACGUCUCGAACCACCCAGAGGCUUUCCAGACCAUGUAUUGGGCCAUCAGGUCGCUGAAGGUGUAUGAAGCGAGCAACCGGAACGAGACUAUCGCGAAUGUCAGUGACUCUAGGGGCAGUGGACCAUUCGCCAAUCAGACUGUGCCUGCGAGCGAUGGACAUGGCUCGCCCAUGCCGACCGCCACAGCUCUACCAAAGUAUCGGCGACGGGGACGGAGCAUGUUCCGAUCACGGAUCGGUCCGGAGGUCUGA